AUGACUGAGAAGGCGACGACACCCGAAUAUGAAGCCGAUAAUGUACCAACGGUCGCGGAUCAGGAUCAGUCUAACCAACUGAGCCAUGAUGCGGCCAAGCGGAGAAUUAAUGGCGGGACGUUGGCAUGGUUGAAUGUUCUGGCUGGAUUCUGCGUUUUUGUAAAUUCCUGGGGAGUUUUGACUACUUUUGGCGCUUUUCAAGAGUACUAUCAGACUGACCUGCUCCGCGGUCAAUCGCCCUCGGCCAUUUCCUGGGUGGGCAGUAUUCAAGCAACUUUAAUCCCCAUGGUCGGUUUAGUGUCGGGGCCAUUGGUUGACUCUGGAUAUCUGCGCCCGUUGAUGAUUUCGGGAAGCUUCCUCACAGUCUUUGGAUUAAUGAUGACGAGCCUUGCCACGAGGUACUAUCAGGUCCUCCUAGCGCAAGGCUUCUGCGUCGGAAUGGGUGGUGGAAUUAGCUAUAUCCCCGCGUUGACUAUGAUUUCAACGAGUUUUACCACCAAACGGCCAAUCGCCGUUGGUAUAGCAUCAAUUGGCUCCAGUGUCGGUGCUGUCAUCUUCCCGGUCAUGUUCCGCCAGCUGCAGCCCAAGGUUGGCUUUCCCUGGGCAGUCCGAAGCAUUGGUUUCGUGACUCUUCUCAUGGCCAUCGUCGCAUGCGCCAUUCUAUGCCGCCAACCGGUCCUGAAAACACGAGCACGAAGUCUGAUCGACUGGACUGCUUUCCGAGAGGUGCCCUUUAUGCUUUUCUCGGUCUCUUUGACGUGUGUGAUGCUGGCGUAUUAUGUGCCUAUCUUCUACGUCGCCUCCUACGCUCGCACUGUGAUUCAUACAACAACAAGCCUCUCAUUCUAUAUGGUUGCGAUUGUCAAUGGAACCUCCGUGAUCGGCCGAGUUGUUCCUUACCUUCUCGUGGCCUACGUCAAACCAAUUACAAUCGUCGUUUUCGGUGUUCUGGGUUCAGCCAUUGCCAUGUUCACCUGGAUUGCGGUAUCUAAUAUCCCAGGUUUCAUCGUUUGGGCUUGCUACUGGGGUAGCUUGAGUGGUAUCCUUGUUACUGGGCCAACUUCUAUUGUUGCCCAUCCAGUUUUCUGUCCAGAUGUCAAAUACACGGGAACUCGUCUGGGUAUGAUGUGGGGGAUAUCUUCUUUCGGUGCUCUAGCUGGGACACCGGUCGCGGGUGCAUUGGUCAACUUGGAUACUGCAAAUUUUCUGCAUGCUCAGAUCUUUGCCGGGUGUGUGAUGGUGGGUGCUGUUCUGUUGCAACUAUGGCCUGCCUUUAAGGUGAUGCAAUGCGAUCGAAGUCAUCCACGUAAAUAG